AUGACCCAGACCCAGCGAUGUGGUGUGGAGCUGGCUUUCUCUGUCAACUUCACCUUCUCCCUCGUUCCCCAGUCUGGCGCUGCAGGGUCCAACGGCUUUGCGUUUGUGAUUGCAGCCAAGGCCAAGGUGGGGAAGGGUGACGGCGUGGGGUAUGGCGGGGUGGGAGCGCGGAGCCUAGCGGUGGAGUUUGACACGUUUCAGAAUGGCAACCACAACGACGAGAGCAGGCAGCACGUGGGGCUGAACAUCAACGGCUUGGAUCGAUCCGUGGUCUCUGAGCUGUCUCCAUACACUCUCACCGACGGCAAUGCGUACACGGCAUGGGUGGACUAUGAGCCUGGAAACCCCGGCAGCAUCCAGGUGUUCCUAGCUGACUCCAGGAUAAAGCCACAGGAGCCGCUGCUGCAGAAAGAGUUCUCUCUGUGUGCGGUGCUCCAGGGUGGUGUGCGGCAGGGCGCGUUUUUCUUUGGGUUUGUGGCGUCCACUACGGUGAAGCCAUUCCAGCUGCAUGGCAUUGUGCGCUCUGCGGUGCAAACAGCCCGCGGCCUGGCACUCUCAUCGGCCACAUACGCGCCACGGGGAGCCAGUCCGUUCAUGCGGUAUGUGAGCACGGACUACGAGCUGGCGUCCAACAGUGACGACUCGUGGCGCAUCCGUGACUUCCACACCUGGAACUCCCUCCCCUUCCUCCAAUGGCCCGUCAAGGACCAGGCCGAUUGCAAUGCAUGCUGGGCGUAUGCGGUGGUGGCGAGCAUAGAAGCAGCAUACGGCAUUGCACGGCAUGAGAUUGCUCCCCAGCUAUCAGUGGAGCCACUCUUUGCCGCCUUGGGGCUGGCUGACUCAGACAAGUGCUCCGCUGGCGGCUCACCCACUGAGGCUUUUGAGAAGCUCGUCGCUCUUGAUGCGGGGAGUGGGCUGACUGCAGUCAGUGAUUCGACAGCAAAGUACCCUAUUCAGGGCUUUGAGCGCACUUCAUUCAAGGGGUAUGUGGGGCUCAUGCUGGCCGUGCGGCGGCAACCUGUGGUGGUUCACAUCGAGGCUUCCGCUGACACUUUUGUUGGCUAUGACGGGACGUUCAAGUACCAAGAUCCAGAGUGCUACACCGGCAAUCUGAACCACGUUGUACUCGUUGUUGGCUACCUCAUUAAUAGAAACGACGGCAGCCAGAACCGCAUUGCUCCGCCGUUUUGGGUUAUCCGCAACUCGUGGGGAGAUGAGUGGGGAGAUAGGGGCCACAUGCGCAUGGACAUUCGGGGAGGGGAUGGUGUAUGCGGCAUUAACGUGCUACCUGGCAUCUACCCCAUUCUCAAGGGCACAUGCACACCCCCUAUGCAAUGGCCGUUCUCUUUGUGCUAUGGUCUUGCACAUCUUAUCUCAAUGCACCUCCCUCGCAUCGAAUGUAUCUUCCCCCGUGCCUUCCCAGUUCCGGGGGACCCCUGCAGCAGCAACAGCUACAAGGGCGACCAGGAUCUCUCUGGCAUGAACCCGUGCGGUCGCUUCAAGUGCAAUGCGGUGGAUAACACCACCUAUUCCUGCAACUGCACCAUACAAGGAGCUCUCCGGCAGCCUUUUGUUCACGUUGAGAACGGGAAUGGCUCCAGCACGUGUGCUUAUGUGGAUGUGUGUGGGUCAUACUUCAACAACCCUUGCUACGUGGGCGCAUGCAUCAACGAUGGCAGAGGCUCCUACUCUUGCAUCUGCCCUCCCAACUACGUUGAAAGCUCAACUGUAUAUGACACCCCCACAUGCGAUCCAGGUAUUGUGGUGUUUGGAUUUGGAGAGCUCUGUUCCACCAUCAGCGAUCACACCAACUUGGACGAAGCUUCCCUUGCUGCGCUCAACCCCGGCCUUGACUGCUCCACGCCCAUCAACGCGGGCCGUUCGGUGUGCAUCGAGCGCAACGCCGCAUUCGCGUUCACCGUACCCGAGUGUGUGAAGCACGGCAUGCUCACUCCUCAAGACACGUGUGACCGGCUGCUUCAGAGGACCGUCAGCGAGCCUAACCUGAGCGCUGACCACUGGGCUGAGCUCUACCGCAACAACCCUGGCCUGACUUGUGCUGACAGUAUCCCUGCCUCUGCCUCUGUUGUUGGCAGCAAGAUUGGUGUGCAGGUUUGUCUUCGGGCGGAUUAUUGGUCUUUCAAGCUGGGAUUCUGCAAGAAGGGGAGGGUCAAGCCAGUUUCGCCAUCAAUGGCAUGUUCAGCUGCUUACCGAUUUUACGGCGGAGCCACAACCACAGCUAUAUCAAAAUUCUACGAGUAUAAUGCUAGAGAAGUCUGA